GGACAACCAAGGACAACCAAAGACAACCAAGGACAAUCAAGGACAAACAAGGGACAGCCAUCUUCAGCAGGAAAGACUUAUGUUGUAGGGAAUAGUAACAUCCUUCAUCAUUUCACAGGACACACAGCAACAGACCAGACAGCGACACAAUGCAUCUACUCUACCGUGGGCACAACACCGCAAGCGCAACUGCUUCUCCAGCAGAGUCGCCCCUCUCCUCGCCAGACCAACACCCCAUGUGUGCACCCUCCUCUUCAUCUUCCUCGUCUUUUGACAGGCUGCCCCCAGCCAUGAGGGCCCAGGGAGCCACUCCUGCACCCUCAGAGGACCACCAAAACAUGGACCACCAUGGCGCAGGCAUUGCCCUCGACGAAGACGACCAGGAUACCGAUUAUGACUCUAUGGAGAACCAUCGCACACUCCACCACCAUCCAUCCCGGCACUUCUCUGAUCACUCUCCUCAGAGCUACAGUCGAUCCUCAACACCACCCGUCCCAUCAACAACCGCAACCGUCCUCGCACACCCACCUGCUACUCCGAACAGUGCAAGGUCCCCCUCCAGCUUCUCAGACGCCAGUCUACCAUCCUCAGGCCCCUUGUCUGCAACGGCGUCUCCAAGCCAUACCGCCAGCUCUGAACAGCACCAUCAAGCACACUCCAUUUCACCCUUUUCGUUCUUUUCUCACGGGAGCAGCCACAGCGGCGACCAUUCUGCGGUCUCAUCCAAGACCCUUAGAAUCGAACUGGCUCAGCCAGAGAUCGUUCUCAUGAACGGACAGGUCACCACAUUAGAAGGAGUUGUCUAUGUGAACCUGUACAAGAAUAUCAAAGUCAAGACCCUCCAGCUUGAGUUCUCUGGCCGAUCGUCCGUGACCUGGAUCGAUGACAAUGCGUACUCGCCCGCAACACGGCACACAACUGCCCCUCAUAUCGAGCAUACCUGGAACCUCAUUUCACACCAGCACAAGCAACCACCCACUCUGCUGCAGUCGGGACAGCACGCAUACCCAUUCGCGCUCGAACUCCCCGAUACCCUGCCUGAGACCCUGACAACAACCCACGGCAAGGUUGCCUACCGACUCACCGCAACUUUGACCAGGCCCGGCUUGACCAACUUCAAUUCCUCCACCGUCACAAUGCCCGUCACCAUCCAUCGUCGACAUCCUGUCCAGGCCUCGCGUGCUUAUCAGCGAGGUGGUCGUGCAGCCAGUAGUCCUGAGGACAAGGUCAAGUACAAGAUUACAAUGCCCCAGGUUAGAGUGCCUCAUAGCACAAAGAUCCCAUUGCAGGUCUCCAUCACAGCACCCACUGCACGCACGCAUGUUCAGGUACUGCAAGUCGGACUCUGGGAGCGAGUGGUCUACAGGGCUGAUGGACGUAAGCGGGUCGAUAUGAGGCUGGUCAAGAUCCAAAAAAGUGAAGGAUGGGAAAGACCUCCUAAUCACGAGACUGAGGCAUGGAACUGGAACAAGGUGCUGCUCUUCGAUAUGCCGCAAAUGGGAUCCGAUCUAAACCAGUGUAAUCCCUCGGCCGACAAUGGGCUCAUGAAGGUUGGACACAUCCUGCGAUUCUCAAUCCUAGGCACAGACGGAACGAAGCGCUUCCGAGUUGAGAACGAAAUCGGACUCAAGGUCCUAGCAUUCGAGGACGAGUACCAGAUGGAUCCCGAGGAGGAAGCAGACGGAUUCGACGGUGAGCUACCAUCAUAUCUCACCUCGUUCACUACCCCUAGGGUUUCGUUCGAUUCCGAGAGAAACAUGGACCCUGCGGAGGACGACCUGCUGCGGUUGAUGGUUCAGAGGAUCCAUCUGCCAACAUACGCUGAAUCUGAAGAAGAUGCUAACAGCAGAGGCACCUCUCGCGACGUCAGUCGGAACACCAGUCGGGCUCCCAGCAGAAACGCCAGUCCGGAGCGAAGCCUGUCUACAGGAAGCCUCACGGUGCCUCAUCUUUCGCACCAUCACCACCAUUUCCAUCAUCAUCAUCAAUCUUUACCACACAGCUUGCUAGGUGCAAGCUACUCUCCCGUUCCUUCAACUGUCCCGCUAUCAUCCUCUCCCCUGGCAUGUCCGUCAGAGCCAAUAUCUACAGAUGUUUCAUUUGUGGACAGCACGCCUGUCUCGCUGGCUGUGGUGAAGGAGACAGAUGUAUCAUCCCCAUUGCAUCAGCCGAUCCCCUCUCAUGAUGAGGAACCUCAGAGCGCGUUGAAUACCAACGAUCACAGCGGUUGCAGCAGCAACAGUAACAGUGUUGUCCAAACGACCUCUGCCGCACCUAAUGCAGUGCCUGUGAGGACAUCGGAGUAGACUCGCUUCGGGAACAUCAGCAGACGAGAGCUUUUACAGACACAGCAUUUUUGAUCCUUUUAUACCAUCGGGGGGGGGGGGGGUUCUUUUCUUUUCUUUCUUUUCUUUAUCCGCAUCUCCGACAUUACAUCAGGACCAAAAAGCGGUUCGCAUACAU